AUGAAUACACUAUCAACGAGGGCUCCCUUGCGGGCUGCAGCAAGGCUGCAGCACAUGCACCUUGUUGUACGAACCUACUCAGGCAUCGCAGUAACAAGGUUCAAUCCCACAUGUGGAGUCGAAAAUCGCACGUCGACACUCAGCCUCACAUCCAAACGCCCUAUUUCAUCAACACCCAAGAACCAGAUUGAGGAAUAUUUCCCAGCGCCACAGACUCCAAAUGUCAAAGCGGUAAAAACAGCAUGGGUGCAUCCGGUAUACACCGAGGCACAAAUGCGAGAUAUUCGCAUCGCCCACAGAGAAGCUUCAAACUGGUCCGACUGGAUUGCCCUAGGAACUGUACGCGUCUUCCGAUGGGGCAUGGACACCGUGACAGGAUACAGACAUCCCAAGCCUGGCCAGGAACUACCGGCCAAAUUCAAAAUGACUGAGCAAAAAUGGCUGAAUCGGUUUAUCUUCUUGGAAAGUGUGGCCGGUGUCCCUGGGAUGGUGGGCGGUAUGCUGCGACAUCUCCGUAGUCUUCGCAAGAUGAAGAGAGAUAAUGGAUGGAUUGAAACGUUGCUCGAAGAAGCAUUCAAUGAACGCAUGCACCUCCUUACCUUCCUGAAACUGGCCGAACCAGGCUGGUUCAUGCGCCUGAUGGUUAUCGGUGCCCAGGGUGUCUUUUUCAAUGGCUUCUUCUUGUCAUACCUGAUUUCUCCACGCAUCUGCCAUAGAUUUGUGGGAUAUCUGGAGGAAGAGGCCGUCAUUACUUACACCCGUGCUAUUGCAGAACUAGAAGAAGGCAAUCUCCCGGAGUGGAAUAAUCUCGAAUCACCCGAGAUUGCGGUCAAAUACUGGCGGAUGCCAGAGGGUCAGCGUACGAUGAGGGACCUGUUGUUGUAUGUCCGCGCGGACGAAGCCAAGCAUCGCGAGGUUAAUCACACUCUCGCCAACCUCAAGCAGACUUACGACCCCAACCCCUACCAGAUUGAGUACACCGAUCCUAACAUAAGUCACCCAACAAAGGGCAUUGAUAACCUGAAGCCAGAGGGUUGGGAUCGGCAGGAAAUCUUUUCGGUUGAAUCGGGCAAGAAGUGA